AUGGCCUCCAAUCCACCCAACGCAACCUUGUACCUCCGCAACAUUGACGAAUCCAUCAAAAUCCCCGCGCUGAUCGAAGGCAUCCGGAACAUCUGCUCCGAGCUGGGCGAGAUUGAAGAGAUUGUCGCCAAGAAGAAUCUCCGUGCGCGCGGUCAGGCGUUCGUCGUCUUCACGUCCGUCGACGAUGCCGAAGAUGCCAUGGAGUUUCUGCAAGGUGCCGAAUUGUUCGGCAGGAAAUUGGUGGUGCAGUUUGCCAAGAGCAAGAGUGAUGCCGUCGUGAGGCGCGAAGGUGGGGAGGAGGCGUUGGAGAGGCACAAGAAGGAGAGAUUGGCUUUGAAGGAACGCCGACAGGCCCUCCAGAAAGAAGAAGAGGCCCUCAAACAAUCCGCCCAACGCUCCGCCGCCGCCGCCGCCGCCGGCAACGCCAACUCCACCAAUGACUCCGAACGACCUCCCAAGACCAACCGCGCUGCCGCUGCCAUGCUGGACGAGAACCUCCCACCGAAUAAGAUGUUGGUGUUGCGGGACUUGCCCAAGGAUUUCACGCCGCAGCAGACUUCGGCAGCGUUCGCCCAGUUCCCUGGCUUCGUGCAGUUCCGUCCGGUGCCCGGACGAAACAUGGGUUUUGCGGACUACGAGGACGAGAAUGCGGCUGCUGUGGCGAGGGAGGGAAUGAAUGGCAGCGUGCUGGGGGAUGCGACCAUCAAGGUCACGUUCCAGAAACCGGCGGCUUGA